AGGCGUCAUCUGUCUGCGCCGGCGGUGCCGUGUUGUGGGGGUGGGAACUGAGCUGGGCUCCGGCAUCGGGGUUCGGGUGCCAUGGCCCGCGAGCUCAUCGGCCCCGCGCUGCCGCCCGGCUUCCCGCGCCGCGCAGAGGCGGACCCGGAUGAAGACUUCAGCCAGGUUGCAGGACCAGUACUGCCUCCAGGCUAUAAAAGCAACUGUAGCUCAGAAACUUCUGACAGUGAUGACAACUCGGAAUCUCUUACUCUACCCAGAGAUGCAAACAUUGAUUCUGAAGAAGAGACAGAAGGAGAUCCAGCACCCAAAAAGCCAAAAAGAAUUCAUGAAGAUGAUGAUGAUGAUGGCUUUUUUGGGCCUGCUCUUCCUCCUGGAUUUAAAAAACAGGAUGAUUCUCCAGAGAGGCCCAUAAUAGGUCCCGCGCUACCACCUGGCUUUAGGAAACCUUCACAGGACACCGGGAAUAACAGAUGUUCCAUAGGACCGUCUGUUUCGUCAGAAUUCCAGACCCAGGUGACAAAUAGCAGUGAGGAAGAAGACAAUCUUAUAGGCCCAAUGCCUGCAAAAGGACCAGUGGAAUCUGACGUGUCUGAAGAAUUUGAACGCAGAGCUCAGAGAAUGAAGGAAAAACUUACUUCAGCAGAAAGUGCUGAACCCAAGCAAGUUACCAGGGAAUCGUGGAUGACGGAGCUUCCACCUGAAUUGAAAAGCUUUGGAUUUGGCCCAAGAACAUUCAAGAGAAGAGCUGAUGACAAAUCAGGUGAUAGAUCUAUUUGGACAGAUACUCCAGCUGACAGAGAGAGAAAAGCCAAGGAAAGAGAAGAGGCAAAAAAGUCAACCAGUAGGGAUAAUGAAGAAAUUGUAUUAUCUGGGAGAGACAAGAGACUUGUUGAGCAGGUGACUUCAUACAAUGAGUCAAAGAGGUCAGAAUCUCUCAUGGACAUACAUCAGAAAAAGCUAAAGAGCAAAGCCUCUGAAGAGAAGAGCAAACCUCAAGAACGAAGGCCCUUUGACCGAGACCAGGAUCUCAAAGUCAACCGGUUCGAUGAAGCACAGAAGAAAGCUCUCAUCAGAAAGUCCAGAGAUCUGAACAGUAAAUUUGAGCACAGUAAAGGCAAUAUGUUUUUAUAACAUAAAAGCAUGAAGCUUUUUUUAAGCUAAGUUAAUUAAACUUUGAAUAGGGUUUUUUUUAAGUAUUUUUCUGUAAAUAUUUGUAUGCAAAAUAAAUAUCCUAAUGUUUAACUGGUUUUCCUUGUCUGUAAAUACUCUGUUAGGGAGGAUCAUCUGUACUAAAACUAAACUGGUACAAAAGAAGAUAAUGUAAAUGUGCUACUUUUAAACAUUUAUAUAUUUUUGUUGCUGUUGUUAGCAUAAAAAUAAUUAAAAUUGGUAUUAUUUAAGAUGCUUUAGAUUUGAUCUUGAGUUGUCAGUUUCCCCCUUUCUCCUGCUAUGGUUUAGAUAUUCUUGCUGAGCCUCACCUGAAGGCCAUGGAGGAAUCCCCUUUAGGUUUAUGGGCAAGACAUUGCUUGACUGGAAUUCCUGCUGGGAAAUAUAAAACUCAGUGGCAGCUUUUAUGUUUGCCCAGUGCUUUUAUUUCUAUGGAUCUGUGUCUGUAGAUUAAUAAAGGAUUAUUAUGUGUGCAGUAUGAUUUCCAUAUUGUAGCAGGAAGAGCUAAAGCAGAAGUAAUAAAACCUCAAGAUUUGCAGGCUUAAUUAUAAAAUGCUAGUAUUAUGAGAAGAGAAGAAUGUAAUUUGAGUUUCAAUUUGCAGGGCUUAUCAUUGGGAAAUCCAUCUUUUUUUAAGCAAAUACAAUGUGAAAAUCAUACCACGAGAAAGCUUAUUUUCGCAGUUAAUUUGCAGAGCAGAACAGCUCUCUGGUAUCAAAAAGGAAAUAAAUCUGACAUUUAAAAAAUCUA